AUGAAUCGUUAUCAAUUGCUAUAAUUAUCCCUUGUGAUCUCUGGGUUGAUUCAAGUAUCAGCUUUCAAAACUAAUUUUGAUUUCCAUGGAAAUAACAAUCACAAAAAUAAUGAUAAAAAGGAGGAUUAGAAAGUAAAUGAAGAGCCAAUUUAAGUUCAUUUGAUUGGUCAUACGCAUAAUGAUCUAGGAUGGUUGAAAACAGUAGAUUAGUCAUUCACUGGUACCAAUGAAAAGUAAGCAAGAGGAUCUAUUUAAAUGAUUUUGGACACUACUAUACAUCACCUAAUAAAAGAUCCUAGUAAAAGGUUUUGCUACUGUGAAAUUAAGUAUUUCUCGAUGUGGUGGAAAUAUUAGAAUGAUGAAAUGAAGCAAAAAGUAAAGGAUAUUGUUAAAUAAGGUAGAUUAGAGUUUGUCAAUGGUGGAUGGGUAUCUCACGAUGAAGCCACAACUAACUACGAAGAUUAAAUCAACAAUAUGUACAUUGGUCAUCAAUUUCUAAAGAAAGAAUUAGACUAUAGUCCGAAAGUUGCUUGGCAAGUAGAUGUUUUCGGUCAUUCUACUUCAGCUCAGAGACUUUUUCCUGACAUGGGUCUGAAUGCUGUCUAUUUUGAGAGAAUUGACGGCUAAGAUUUGCAAAACAGAAUUUAGAAUAAAAACUUUGAAAUGUAGUGGAGACCAAUGUUUAAUCAUGUCGGAAAGUAAAGUUAGAUAUUUUCUCAUGUCUUGAAAGAUGGUUAUUGCAAUGAAAACUACUUUGGCUUUGAUUCAAGAGAUGACUCUGAUAAUGAUACAGCUUUUAUAGACAAUCCAGAUUAUGACACAUUCAAUGCUGACUGGAAAAGCCAAGAAUUCAUGAAAAUUGUUCAAUCAUUUGUUUAAGCAUAGAGACAUAAUCAUGUAAUGAUUUCAUUUGGAUGCGAUUUUUAUUUCUAAAAUGCUUGGCAAACAUUCAAAUCCAUGGACAAAAUGAUAAAAUAUAUAAACGCGAAAUACUCUAAUGUCUCUUUAUUCUAUUCUACUCCUGGUUAUUACUCCGAAAAAAUAUCUCAGCUAGACAUUACUUGGCCUACAAAUUAUGACGACUUUUUCCCAUAUAGACAACCUAGCUCUCUAGAUGAUGUGUGGUCUGGCUACUAUUCAACUAGACCUACACAUAAAAAAAUAGUUAGAGAUGCAUCAACUUUACUCUAAGCAGCAAAUAGAGUUUAUGCACUUAAGGUCAUUGAUUAAUCAGCAAGCGAAUAAGAAAUUCAGGUCACAAUGCAAGCUUAGUACAAUUUAUUAGAUUAAUUGGGAAUUCAAUAGCAUCAUGAUGCUAUUACUGGUACAAGUAGCUUAAUUGUAGCUGAUGAUUAUAUGAGGAGAAUAGUAAAAAGUAUGAAUGAUAAUAAUAUAGUAUACUAGAAAAUUAUCAGUGAUUUAGCUUUUAAGAGUUUUGGCAUUGAUUCAAAUACUUGGGAUCAAUGCACUCUAAAUAAUUAAACUUAUAUUGAGUGUCCAGUUUCAGCUUAUUAAGACUAGUCAUUCUUAGUAGUAGCUCAAAAUCCAGCAAAUAUCGAGGUACAAUACUAGAAAAUAAAGUUGCCAAGUGAUAAAUACGAUGCUCAAGUCUGGAAUACAACAACAAAGCAAUUCGAUCCUGUCAGAUCAGAGAUUUUUUGCCAUGAAUUUACCUACAAAGAUUCAAAUUAAACAGUCAAUAACUGUGAGAUGAUUGUUGAAAAUCCUAUUUCUAUUGAUUCUCUCUCACUUAUUAAAAUCAACUUUCAAAAUACUAAAAAGUCUCUUGAAUAGAAAAAAUAGUAAAAUAAAUUGAAUAAAAUCAGCUACCUAGGUGAAGAUGAGAACGGUUCAUUGUUUUAAGUAACAGAUUUAAAAGGCAUAAACAGGCAAUUCUACUUUUAAUUGAGAUACUACCAAGUUGAAAGUUCAAGUUAAACUCACUCAUCUAGUGAUGUAUAUAAGUUUCAACCAAAAUUAGACCAUUAAAUAUCAAUCCAAUACAAUACCUUUACAGAUCAAGUUACAUCUAAUGGAGAGUUUUGUUAAGAAAUCUUUAUUAGAUAUCUCAAUAAAACUAGUGGAGAUAGAUAUGCUGAGGUUAAAGUAAGAGCUUACGAGAAACUCCCAACUAUAGAAUUUGAGGUUUAUAUGGAUGAAAUACCUUCUGACUAAGGAGCUCAAGAAAUCACUGUAAAUUUCAAGGAAAAGGAAACUAAUUCUAAGAAAAAAUAAUUAGACAAUGGAUAGGUAUUCUACACAGAUUCAAAUGGUCUUGAAAUGCAAAGAAGAGAAUUAAAUAAGAAACCAAAUUUCCAAUACAAGACUAAUGCAGUUAAAGCAUUCAAUUUUUUCCCUGUUACCUCCUCAAUAGCAAUAGUAGAUAAUCAAAAGAAAAUGCAAAUGACAAUUAUGAAUGAUCGAGCAUAAGGUGGUUCAUAUGAUGACAAAUCUAAAAGUAUAGAAUUACUUUUCAACAGGAGAAUCUAUGAGUUUAGCGGAGAGGUAAUCAACAGUCCACUUCGGGGCACUUUUUGGGUUCAUCUGUUCGAUAGAACUUAGGAAUAAUCUUAUCAGAGACAGCAGCAAAUUUAAACUGAGCAAGCAAUCUAGUAUUUCUAUACCAGUCAAUGGAAAGAAAACCUGAAUGUCAUGAGUCAUGCAAAAAUUAAUAAAGAGGGUAGAUUUGCAAAAUUUGUGAAUGAAGAUAAAAGAAAUAUAACGAUCAAGAUAAAUUUGAUUCCUCAGGAAAAGAACAAGAUUCUUGUUAGAUUUUAUAACUUGGAAGAUAUUUUCGAUUACUAAUCAAACUCAGAUUUAGAUAAGACAUUGGUAUAUAUCGAUGUUCAAGAUUAUGCAAAGUAAUUAUUCAGAGAAGCAAAUUCUAAGUUAAAUGAUCCUAAUGUUCAAAUAAUUGAAAAAGGACUGACUGGAGUUCAAGAUAUGUCAGAUAUAAUAAAGAAUAAAAACAAUCUUAAGGGAGAUGAUGAUUCAAAAAUAACUCCGCCCCCUACUUUUGAGGAUCCAAGUAAGUAUAAAAUAGCUCUUGUUGCUCAGUAGAUAAGGACAUUUGAACUAACUUACACAUUAAAGUAUAAUAAAAUCAGAGAUGAGAUUAUCUAAUGA